AAACAGCUGCAGAAAAAUCUUGCUGUAGGAGGGAGAGGCGUGUGCGCCUUUUAGGGGUUUCAAAAGGUUCACAUUCACCGGUGGAUAUUGGCCAAAACAAGCCCUACUACUGUGGGACCAUGGGACUUACGAGAAAACAGCACGUUGGUCAUAUGAGCAGCAGGGAGAAGAAGAAGCAGCGAUGGACAACUUGUCCCGCUGGAUGAGGAGGUGCUUCUGUGGCCAGGUAGAAGAGGAUGACGGGUGGAGAGGAGAAGAGGAGGCCCAGGAAAAGGAGGAAGAACAGAUGGGGGCACUAAGAAUGGAGGAAAGGGGUGUCAAGAAGAGCAAAAGUUCUUCAUCGCUGCCGGCUGCUGAGCUGGAUCCAAAUAGCUCUGGACCGCAACCUCACUGGUUCCACACGCUGCAGAUGCGACGGCUACGGGUGCAGCGAGGCCGAAGUAACAGUGACCCUUGGAGCCAGAAGGACUGCCAGAACCCCUUCAUAUGGAAACCAGGGCUACAGUUUGGAACGGCCAACUCAUACGUAAGCCUGGAGAAACUUGGUGAAGGCUCAUACGCAUCUGUUUAUAAAGGCAUCAGCAGGAUCAACGGACAGCUUGUGGCGCUGAAGGUUAUCCAGACAAAGACAGAGGAAGGCAUCCCGUUUACCGCCAUCAGAGAAGCCUCGCUGCUCAAAGGCCUGAAGCACGCCAACAUCGUCCUCCUGCAUGACAUCAUUCACACCAAAGACUCGCUCACCUUCGUCUUUGAAUACGUGCAAACAGACCUGGCCCAGUACAUGGACCAGCAUCCGGGAGGUCUGCAUUCUCACAAUGUGCGGGUCUUCAUGUUCCAGCUGCUGCGCGGUCUCACCUUCAUUCAUGACCGCCGGAUCCUCCAUCGAGACCUGAAGCCUCAGAACCUCCUCAUCAGCUAUUUGGGAGAACUCAAACUGGCCGAUUUUGGUCUGGCCCGUUCCAAAUCUGUACCCUGUCAGAGUUUUUCCUCGGAUGUAGUGACAUUGUGGUACCGCCCUCCCGAUGUCCUGCUGGGAUCUACAGAUUAUUCAACUGCUCUGGAUAUCUGGGGGGCUGGUUGCAUCUUCGUAGAGAUGCUGCAAGGUUCGCCAGCAUUUCCAGGAGUCACAGAUGUGUUUGACCAACUCAUGAAAAUUUGGAUGGUGCUUGGAAUCCCAUCAGAGGAUAACUGGCCUGGAGUUACCCACCUGCCUAAUUAUCAGCCAGAUUGGUCUCUUCCCUCUAAGCCAAAGCGGAUUCGCGCUGUGUGGAAAAGGUUGAGUCGACUCCCGGACAAAACUGAAGACCUUGUUCAGAAAAUGCUGAUGUUGGCGCCUACAGACCGGCUUUCAGCACCAGAUGCCCUGCAACACCCGUAUUUUAACACGCUGCCACCACCCAUCAUGCAUCUGAGGGACACUGUGUCAAUCUUCAAAGUCCCUGGCGUCCAUCUGGAGUCCGAGUUCCGCGACACCCUUAAUCCCAGCGGGCGAGUCAGACCUUCAUUUCUACCUGCUGCCAAAUUUUGGUGACAUCAUUAUUCAGCCUUAAAUCAGGCGGCCUCAGUCAUUUUCCAAGUAUAGGUCGAUUUUGACUCUGUCAAGAUUAUCCUCAUAAUUGCGUGUUAUCAAAUUAUGAGCCGUAAUUAUUUUCCAAAUGUAUUAUUAAUCUGUUUGACCUACAAAAAAAAUAAUAAUAAUAAAUUAAUGAUUAAAUACAAUGUUAGGUCCGAUAGAAAAAGGGAAAGUAUGUUUUUGCAGGUAUAGUGGUGCAUUGAGAUAUGAGUGAGCAGAACUUUUUUUUCCUCAGGGGAUUGAAUCAGUCAUUACUUGGCUCCUUUCACUGGCUUGAGAAUAAAAUGACACACAUGAACGAGGAUAGUAACAGGAAAAUAGACCCAACCUAAUAUUUGUCUUCUUAUUUUGCUUCGACUUGUAAAAACAUGCAAUAUGGGCACAAUGAACUGGCUGAAAAUCAACCCAGCUCUUUGGCUGAACUAUCCCACAGGUUUCUGUUUCUUGCCACCCACAGUUCAAUUUUUACUUCAAGUUAAUCUAAUUAUAAGACUACAUAUUUUGUAUUUAAAGCAGUACGUAACUUACCCUUGUAUACAAGUAUGCUCACUUAAUGCUCAGGAAACAAAAGGUUACAAAAAGUGUCAGUUUUGUUACCCUUUUAGCAAUGGGUAUUUGAAUACAAAGAAAUUAGCAAGACAUGCUAAAGAUUCUUGGCCCUUUCUGAGAAAUGAUUCAUUUACUACUGGAGGUCAUUGACUACGUUGUGAAACUAUUCUUGUGUAUGUCUGUAUUAUACUGGCUUAAGAUUGCCAAGAUGACCACUGAAUUUAAGCAAAGCGUGUAAAAUGGUUUAAAUAUAUACAUUUUAAUUAUUCAAAUAUGUUAUAAUGAAUGGUUUUGUUAAGUACAUUUUUUUUAAAAAUCACAUUAUAAACCCAUUUUUUGCAGCACAAUCCCAACGGGGAAAGAUUAUUUGAGAUAAAAGUGUAUUAAAGUCAUAUCUCAAGGCCCCACUGUACUUGCCUUUUGUUUUUGCAGGUGUGGAUUUUGCGCCUGUGACAGGCCCCCGUUUGUAUGACUAAAAUGUUCCUUAUCUUGUGUUUAGUCUGUGCAAUCAUUCCUGUGCUGUUCUAUUCUUUCACUGUUUUGAGAUUCCGCAGAACCCUUCAAAGGCCAGCAGGUGCAUUUUGGCUGUGGGAAAUGUAGUUGGAACAUAGUUACGUUCACAUAAUUUUUUUUUUUUUUUUGCUAUAGUUACAUUGUGGCAUUGUGGCCACUCUCCUCAUUGAGUCAACAAACAUCACAAUUUGAAACCAAGUUUGGUAUACCAACUGCUCAAAUCUGAUCCUGAACACACUCAGUUUAUACAAACUUUGCAGCAAAUGUGCAAAAGAAAGAUGUUAUAGUUUGCAUUUUUUGUUUGUUUGUUGGGCCACUUAAAUUGGCAAAUUUUGCUUAUAUUAGUGAUGAAGACAAAA